CUUUGUCUUUCAGAAAUGUAGAUGGCAGCUGCUGUCUUUGAAGGACUCGCACCCAUCUGACCCUGCGCAGCGCCUCCGAUUGCUACCAUGAUCUUCUGCAUGCUGCUGCUGGCCUCACUGCCUGAGCCAUCUGGUGCCGAAGUCAACCCUGCUAUAUGCCGUUACCCUUUGGGUAUGCAUGAAGGGACGAUACGGGACGAGGACAUCACUGCUUCCAGCCAGUGGUACGAUUCCACGGGACCCCAGUAUGCACGGUUACAGAGGGAAGAGGGGGAUGGAGCCUGGUGCCCGGCUGGCUUGUUGCAACCCGAAGAUGUACAGUUCCUUCAAAUUGACCUGCACAAGCUCUUCUUCAUCACCUUGAUUGGGACUCAGGGACGGCAUGCCCGUGCCACAGGCAAGGAAUUUGCCCGUGCUUACAGAAUUGACUAUAGCCGCAACGGAGAGCGCUGGAUCUCCUGGAAAGAUCGCCAGGGCAGGAAGGUGAUCCAAGGCAACAUCGAUACUUACGACGUCGUCUUGAAAGAUCUUCGGCCUCCCAUCAUUGCACGUUUUAUCCGGGUGAUUCCUGUGACGGAGAUGCCGAUGACUGUCUGUAUGAGAGUGGAGCUCUAUGGCUGUGUCUGGUAUGAUGGUUUGGCAUCCUAUAGCAUCCCUGAAGGAGGGACAAUAGCGGCUCCUGGCUUCCCCAUCGUUUAUCUGAAUGACUCGACCUAUGAUGGCUACCAGGAGCGCAGGCACUUGUACGGUGGUCUGGGCCAGCUGACAGACGGUGUGCUGGGACUGGACGACUUCACGCAGAGCCACCAGUACCGUGUGUGGCCAGGCUACGACUAUGUCGGCUGGAAGAAUGAGAGCUUCAGCACAGGCUCUGUUGAAAUGGAGUUCCAGUUUGACCGACCGCGGAACUUCACCUCCAUGAAGGUGCAUUGUAACAACAUGUUUUCCAAGGGGGUGAAGAUCUUCCAGAAGGUGGAGUGUCUGUUCAAACCACGCCUGAUUGCAGACUGGGAGUCCGAGCCUGUUGGAGUGGCAACUGUCUUGGAUGACAAAAACCCCAGCGCCCGGUUUGUGACUGUCCCCCUCAAUCAGCGGGUGGGUAAAGCCAUCCUCUGCCGCUUCUACUUUGCUGACACCUGGAUGAUGAUGAGCGAGAUUUCCUUCCAGUCAGACAUGGAGACCGUGAAUCCGAAUUUUGUUACCGCAGCCACCAGCACAACGGAUGUCCUGGAGACAGAGUACAACGCUACUGAGGGGACCUGGGAAACCACAUCUUCUGUAACCAGCACCUGGAUAGGAGAGAAGGCAGAUGACUCCAAUACCUCCAUCCUCGUGGGAUGCCUUGUGGCUAUUAUUCUUCUGCUCCUGAUGAUUAUAAUCAUUAUUCUUUGGAAGCAAUAUGUUCAAAAAAGGUUGGAAAAGGCCCCACGUCGAAUCCUGGAGGAGGAUGCCACAGUUCGCCUCUCUUUCUACAGCUACACCAUUGCCAACAACCAGACCCAGAUCCACCAGUCAAAUCCCACCUAUGAACGUGCUUUCCCACUGGAUUUGGAAUAUCACCAGCCAGCUACCCUGCUCCAAAAGCUUCCAGAGCUCUCCCAAAGCGCGGAGGAUUCAGUGUGCAGCGGAGACUACGCUGAGCCCGACCUGACCAAGUCCACUCCUCACCAGGGCUUUCAGAACAACGUUCCUCACUACGCCGAGACCGAUAUCGUCCACCUGCAAGGCGUGACCGGCAACAACAUGUACGCAGUCCCGGCCCUCACGGUGGAUUCGCUCACCAAGAAGGACAUCUCGGUGGGUGAAUUCCCACGGCAGCAGCUACGACUCAAGGAGAAGCUGGGAGAAGGACAGUUUGGAGAGGUGCACCUUUGCGAAGCCGAUGGCCUCCUGGAAUUCCUGGGAGUCUCAUCUACAGAGUUCACUCACCAGCCGGUUCUCGUAGCGGUGAAAAUGCUGAGAUCAGAUGUCAACAAAACGGCCAGAAAUGAUUUCCUGAAGGAGAUCAAGAUCAUGUCACGGCUGAAGAACCCAAAUAUCAUCCGGCUUCUGGGGGUGUGUGUGCGCGAUGACCCGCUGUGCAUGAUAACGGAGUACAUGGAGAACGGGGACCUCAACCAGUUCCUGAAUCGUAGAAUCCCAGAAGGGUUUGGGUUGGAAGGGACCUUAGAGGUCAUCCAGUGCCACUUG